AUUUUUCAGAGUGACGAGAGGCUUGAACGAUGAGUUCUCUUUUAGAUCUGUAAUGUGUAAAGCUUGCAGAUGCUGGAAGAAGGCAGGAAAAAUGAAAUAUGUUUCUUUAGACUCUGUGCUUUUUCACUAGUCGUGACAUGUCUUGGGAGCACUGAAGUGUGAGUGAAGCUACUGGAGAUUCAACCGUCUGGGAGUAUAUCCUGAGCUCCUUUGGUAAGAUGAAAAAGCUCUGCUAGCCAAUGAUCUUAUUGAGGAAUCCCUAACAAGCUUCUGAGCAACUGGGGUUUUGGCGUCAUGUUUUACAGCAUGACGUAAAACAGAUGAAGAUGUCCUAGAACUAGCAAAAGAAAAGAAAAGAAAAACUGAACCAAACCAAACCGAACCUUGUUUGGAAGCACCCUUGAUGGCAGAAAAACGCUAUACUGCAGCUUUCUACCCACCUCCUUCUUUUUUGAGUUAGUUGUGCCUUCUUGCUGAGAGUUGGUGGGCUAAGUUGAUGGCCUCUCUUGGUAAGAUCUGCUAUCACACCAUGACAACUGGAAUAUCAGAAGUUGGUGAAUUAUCCUUAGAACCCUUGGUCACUUGCAAACUGUGCCUAUCUGAAUAUUCAUUGGAUAAGAUGACCACUCUCCAAGAGUGCAGCUGUAUCUUUUGUACAACGUGCCUAAAACAAUAUAUGCAAUUGGCCAUCCGUGAGGGUUGUGGUUCUCCCAUCACUUGUCCGGAUAUGGUGUGCUUAAGUCGUGGGACACUGCAAGAAGCAGAGAUCUCCAGUUUGGUACCCACUGAUCAAUUCCAGUUAUACCAGAGGUUAAAAUUUGAAAGAGAAGUACAUUUGGAUCCACUCAGAACCUGGUGCCCCUCUGCUGAGUGUCAGACUGUGUGCCAAAUUGAACCAAGUGAAUCUGGAUUACCAGUGCCUGUAAAAUGCCAAGCUUGCUACUUGACAUUCUGUUCAUCAUGCAAAGAACCUUGGCAUCUGGAGAGAUCGUGUUUGGAAAGCCAUCUUAUCAUGGUACCAAAUGAGCAAGGAGCACUUAUCAGGACUGAAACAGAAGCUCCAAUUAAGCAGUGCCCAAUUUGCCGUAUUUAUAUUGAGCGGAAUGAAGGCUGUGCUCAGAUGAUGUGUAAGAACUGCAAGCACACAUUUUGCUGGUACUGUUUACAAAACCUGGAUAAUGACAUCUUCCUAAGACAUUAUGACAAAGGUCCCUGCCGAAACAAACUGGGCCAUUCCCGUGCUUCAGUCAUGUGGAAUAGGACACAGGUUGUUGGGAUCCUGGUGGGUCUGGGUAUCAUUGCUGUGGUGACAUCUCCCUUGCUGCUGCUUGCCUCACCAUGCAUCAUCUGUUGUGUUUGUAAAUCCUGCCGAGGCAAGAAAAAGAAACAUGACCCACCGACUACCUAGAGUUUUCUUCCUAUUGGAAGUGAAUAUCUACAUCGUAUAUGUGAAGAAGAAGACCAGAAGGCUGAUCUUUUAUGUCAAGGCUUUCCCAAUCAAUUCUCCUUCUCUUUGCCAAAUUCUGCAAGAAGUGCCUACAGGACACCUUGUUGUUUGCAGGUUGCAGUUCAGCAAUGGGAUGGAUGUCUGUUAUAUUCUGGGUUCAGUUCUUCUUUUUUAAGUAUGCAGGGAUUUUAAGGAACUUUAAGGUUCUUUGAAAUAAUGCACCUCUAUCUGAAUCUUGCAGGUGAAGCUAUUUUUUCCCUCCUAAUUCUGGAUGUGUAUCAGUUUUAGAGCACUUUAAGCUUGCAUUGUCUGAGGCAGUCCUUCAGUUAAAUGAGGGAAUAUAGGGAAUGGUUCAGCCCCAUUUUAAUAAAUCUUUGGGCAUUGCAACUUUAACUUCCCAGAGCCAGAGUGAAGGAACACAAUAUUAUUACUAACAGUUACUAAAUAAAACAACUGUGCCUAAAAAGGUAGAAACAAAUAGAAAUAGUAAAUAUACCUUAAUGGAUAUGGGAUGUAAUUUGCAAUUGCUAAAAGUCCAGGGAAGAAUAACUAAUAGCAUUUGCCUUAGUCCAGCCUCAGAAACAAAUUAAGCCGUUACUGCAAGAACAAGUAUAAUGUACCACACAAAUAUUACUCCUUGAUUAGUACUUGGGUUUAAACUAAUAUCAAGCAUUUUGGAAAGCACAACUAGUCCAUCUGUGGCACUGGUACAAGAAGUUGCAAAUACCAUGACGUUUUCAGAGUAUGCAUCAUUGGGCCUGUUCUGCUCUCGUUCUUUCCUGCAUUGUACUACUGCUACAUCUUCAGGCACAAUUGGCUGCAUACAUAUUGCAGUGGUGCUGCAGGUCCACCCAGACUUUGGGUUUCACUUAAGGCAACUUCUGUUUCAUUUGCCAAGAGCUUUGGUUGUCACUGUUGUAAACUAGGUUUUCAGUAUACAUUUGAUACUUUUGUGCAAAUUCUAAAAAAGGCAUGCCAGUGAGUUGCUUAGGUCUAUUAAUGGGCCAAUCUUGCCAAAACAAAUAUAUCUGCAUUACAUUAUUUCAUAGCAUUGGUUAAGAACUGUUAAAUUUCAUGUGCAUCUCAGAGCAAAUCACACAGUAAUGAGUGCAACCUUUCAGUUGAAUUGACAGUAAAGUUCAUUGUCCUAGAGGACAAGCCAGAACAGCAUUGUAAUCAAACAAGGAGCUGCAUGAUCUGAAAAAUACCAGAACAGGUCAAAUGGUAGUGUGGUAGGGAAAAGAGACCCAUUGCCUCAAGUCCCUAGCCUACAAGAUUGCACAAGAGCAAUUAUUUUCAAUUCCAGCACUGCAAAACUGAUCUUUUUCUUUCUUAUUCUUUGGAAAAUACCGGCAUUGUAUAAACUGUUCUUUCUUGAACAGUUCAUGGUUAUGUACCCUCCUGCCUGCAGCUUUUGACUGGCUUUUAUAGCUAGUUGUGGCCUUGUUUUGUUCUGUAUUGAAUAAUAUACUGGUAGAGUAUUGAUAUAAAUAAAUUUACUGCUUCAGGAAAAGCCA